ACAGUCCACAUGGAAUUUUCGGGCAAGGAACGGGGAUUCUCCUUGGGUUACUCGCUAUAUCCUAGUGAUUUCCUCCUUUCCGUGGCUCGGUUGCCCCUCCGCUUUGUUUUUACACCACGCCCUUGCUUUACCUACGAAUCGCUGUCGGACCAUGGCUCGGACAUCACCAGCACAGGGCUGGCCUUCCAGCGUAGCAAGUGCUGCUAUCCUCAUAUGCUUGCUUCUUUUAGUUUCCUUUGCUAAUUCUGCUGAACAUGGCGCAAGUUCCUUCAGUUGGGAUGCCGAAGAAGAAAUGCGUACUCUUGAGGCUGUGCGAGGUUACCUAGAACGACUGAAUAACGGAAAACUUGCACGCCUUCCUCGUUAUGGUGUUCUUCCCCCUCAAAGGGACGCAACUCAUGCCGACGCAGCCGUCCAAACAGUCGCAGAAAUGGGGACGCAGACGGAUUAGGGGAAAGCGACAUGAUUGGUAACCGAGCCGUACGAGUGCAACGGUAUCAACUGUAGUUGUCUCUUCAAAAGAUGCCCGGAGAGGCAACGAGUGGCUGGAUGCAUGCAAGCAAUUCCGACAAAGGGAGGUAAUUUAUCGCGGAACCCGGAGACGGGUUUCGAGAAAAGUGACAGAUAUGGCACUACAAAUCCAACUGAUGUAGAUGACGUAGUCGCUGGGUCGAAGCGUGCGACAGUUCAGCGCUCGUCUUUUUUUCAGCAGGACUGCGAGUGUGAGUUCGGCGAACAUGCUUACAUUCAAGGAAUUCGAAAAUCGCGUUCUUCUGCUUCCUUCUCUUGCGUCCGCAGUCAAGUCAGAACAGUAGAUUUGCUUGGCUGUUUUACGGAAUGACAGAGGGGCCGAGAGAGCGGAAGUGCUUUUGGCAGGCUGACGACGUCGCUGCCGGUGUUCUAUUAGUCGCAUUUGAUUUCUUUUCAAGGAAGUCCUAUUUUGUUUAUAUGCGUUCUUAGGCGUCGUGGAACGACUUUUUUUUUCUGUGCGUGAGUUAACCAUAGACAGGGCAACAUCCAUGUACAAUCACGUUUCUUUGUAGGCGUUCUAUAAAUCGUUUGAAAACGAUGUUGUGCCUCUACUCCGUGUCACUGUUCUGGAACUCUUCACUGUAAAUGUGACAUCUGGGUGUUCAUGUAUAUUCAUAGAGCGGUUCCCUGGCUUUUGUCGACAAGAACGAAACAUCUGAUGUGUUGCACCAGCGUAGAAGGAAUUCCGUAACGCAGAAUGUGUCACUAUCGUAUAAGCUGGCGUUUCAGAAAAAAGGGUUUUCAAAGGUACUUAGUGCGCUUUUAGAUAAGCUAAGGACUAUUGUUUUGAGUCCAUUUACGAGUUACUAAAUAGUUUUCUUGCUGUGACUCCGCCGCAGCUGCUAUUGGAGCGCUGCGUGCCAGUAUCGGGGGGAGGUGGGCUCUGUCAAUGCCUUCCCAUAAGUACGAAGCUCCCCGAUGAAAGCGACCAAAUUGCUUUUGAUUUAUGCGAGGAAGAACCGAUUGAGUGCGUUGCAGAUGCACUCGAAUAAUUCGAUAAACAUGCAGUGUGUGCGGUGAACUCUCUGCUCAGAGAGUUCGCGUGACGACGGGCACACAGGAACCUGACUUGGUCUUAACCGUUCUUUCAUUUCAAAGUCCUCGAACAGUUUUCCUGGCUCCUGAUACACCAGAAAAUUGGUGAAGCAGACUUAGUUUAACCAAUACACAAUCAAGGCACAUGUUCUUGUUUGUUUAGGGACAGCGAAGCCCCUUUACAUUUCCAUUUUGGCGGAACGUGCUCGAUUCGUACUCGCUUUGAUGUGGUAACUUUGCAAGGUCGGGGAAACGCAUGUGGCUGUUGGUCGGACAGGCGUUGUUUCGAACUAUACAGGGAUCCUGAUGCCGAGCUCUACGCUUACUCUCUCCACGCAUGUCUGUGUUACUUUUGAAUACCAACUUUUUCGAGUAA